CUUGUGAUAAAAAAGCACAAAGCCUUUGUUCGGUUUGGUCUGAUUCACGUGGUGGCAAGCAACGUGAGCGUCUGGAUCUCGGCCCUUGUGUUCGAAAUUGCCCAGGAGUACAGGUAUGAAACCUACACCCAGCAGACGACCGGGAAGCUCCAAGGUACCGGAAGUACCAUGUUCGCUGUGGAAAACACAUCUUUGCCGAUGACAGCUGCAUCAGAUGGCAAUUGCUACACGGAGAGAACGCUGGCAGACCUGGCGGCACCGUACCUAUAUCCAUGCACAAUGCAGUACAGUUUCAUUGCCGCUGCCAUCGUGUACAAAAUAUACCAAGCGGUUGGAAGAUCGCCAAAGCUGAAUUCUCGCGGCAUCUCGCCUGAUCUCGCCGAUGAUGCUGAUGGAACAUCUUGCCACAAGUCAAACCGGGGACUUUUCUUUGGAAUACUAGUUGGUGUGGGGACAAUUAUUGCUAUAAGCAUGUUUUUUGUUUUCUAUGAGAAACUUUCGGAUAAAUCUGUCUCGAUAUAUAUUUUCUACAUCAGCGAGUUGUCACUUCUGUUCAUCACAGGCGUCGUUCUAAUUUGCGCACAUUACAGAACGCGCGUGUUGCUGUUUAUUGAGUUAGAGGAUGAUAAUUUUGAUGGCGUGCUUCUGACAUUUGCGUUGUGCGGAGUAUAUGUGUACCACAUGUUCAUAAUAAUUGCCUGCAUACAAAGUUUAACAAGCUUCGACAUGUUUAUACUUCUUUCGUUGUGUACAUCAGUGCUUGAGUUUGUGCAGUCUUCAUGUCAGACACUGUUUCUACUGGACGGAAUGCGAAGACGGUCUGACAACGAUGAUCACGUAAUUAAAAAACCAGGCCGAGCUCUUGUCACGUUUCUUCUCGUUUGCAACUUUGCCAUGUGGUCUGUGAAUACUUUUGCCGUGGAGAGGGUUCAGGAUGUCAACAAAUUGUACGUCGAGUUUUAUUCCUAUCUCCCUUGGAACAUCAUGGCUACCCUCACUGUUCCCAUGGUGAUCUUUUUUCGGUUCCUUUCUACCGUCUGCCUGUCGGAUAUUUGGCAUCGCGCUUACACCAAGGAGAAAAAUUCGUAA